GGGAGACCAGGUGCUGCUAACCCCUCUGAUACCCCCACCACUGUCCCGCAUGCACCAAAUGGAGUGGUAGACUUCUAAUCUGAACUGCGUUUUUCUAUUUCCUUUCUCCCGGUCUCACCAUGGCGUCCGCGAUCUUCUUCCUCGACCUGAAGGGCAAGACCCUUUUGGCGCGAAACUAUAGGGGAGAUAUCCCCAUGUCAGCCAUUGAGAACUUCCCUACCCUUCUCAGCGAGGCCGAAGAAGAGAGCUCCGCCGUCCCACCAUGCUUCUCAAACGAAGGCAUAAACUACUUGUAUAUCCGUCAUAGCAACCUCUUCCUCGUCGCCCUCACAAAACGUAACACCAAUGCCGCCGAAAUCCUGCUCUUCCUACACAAGAUCGUGGAAGUCUUUACAGAGUACUUCAAGGAGCUCGAGGAGGAGAGUAUAAGGGAUAACUUUGUUAUCAUUUACGAGUUGCUGGACGAGAUGAUGGACUUUGGGUAUCCUCAAACGACAGAGAGCAAGAUAUUGCAAGAGUACAUCACACAGGAGUCACACAAGCUCGAAGUACAAGCGCGACCACCCAUAGCGGUUACAAACGCAGUCAGCUGGAGAAGCGAAGGUAUCCGAUACCGGAAAAACGAAGUCUUCCUCGACGUCAUCGAGUCUCUCAAUCUCCUCGUCUCCGCAAACGGCAACGUGCUCCGGUCCGAGAUUCUGGGUGCUAUCAAGAUGAAGUGCUACCUGUCAGGAAUGCCGGAACUGCGGUUAGGCUUGAAUGACAAGGCCAUGUUUGAGACUACGGGCAGGGCGACAAGAGGCAAGGCCGUGGAGAUGGAGGACGUCAAGUUCCAUCAGUGCGUGAGGUUAUCGCGGUUUGAGAAUGACAGGACUAUCAGCUUCAUCCCGCCGGAUGGCGAGUUUGAGUUGAUGAGUUACCGUCUGAAUACGCAGGUCAAGCCGCUCAUUUGGGUCGAGUGCAUAGUGGAAAGCCACUCUGGCAGCAGGAUAGAGUAUAUGUUGAAGGCCAAAGCACAAUUCAAACGGCGAAGUACAGCAAACAACGUCCAGAUCUCGAUCCCAGUUCCCGAAGACGCCGACACACCACGAUUCCGAACCAACAUCGGUACCGUACAUUAUGCACCUGAGACGUCGUCAAUAGUGUGGAAGAUCAAGCAAUUCGGAGGCGGCAAGGAGUUCCUCAUGCGCGCAGAGCUAGGUCUCCCAUCGGUACGAGGCGACGACGAGAAAGGCGGCGGAAUGAUGGGUGGUUUUGGUGGUAGCAUGGGAGGCGUAGGCGGAGGCAAGGGGAAGAGGCCAAUCAGCGUAAAGUUUGAGAUUCCUUAUUUCACGACCAGCGGCAUUCAGGUGCGGUAUUUGAAGAUUAUUGAGCCCAAGCUUCAGUAUCCGUCGUUGCCGUGGGUACGGUAUAUUACACAAUCCGGCGAUAUCGCAGUGCGGCUGCCGGAUGUGCAGUAGAAGUUGUGUUCUUUGCGAGAAGCGGAAUGCAAAGUAUUCAUCGUGUUCCACUCAGAUCACCGCUAUACCGCUCUCGUGCUCUAUCCAACAGUGCUCUACCAUGUCACUACAGAAUCCUCUCUAACGUCGCCUUCCACCCC